AUGGCGUCUACCAAGCCCUGGGUCGUCAAAGUCCGCCCUCAUCCCGGAUCCUCAGCCGAGGAGAUUCGCAAUGAACCGAAUUGGAUUGCAGGCCAUCAGCAUAGAGUCGGAUUCAGAGACCGAAAUGAUCGUCUGCCCGGAAUCACUCAUAGAGACGAUGAGUACAGGGAAGAGGUUGAAAAAGAGCGACAGAGAUACGAUGCACUUAGAAAAGCCGCCGAGACUGGAAAGCUGGUCAACUUUCGAGAUUUGAUCGAGAAUCAAGAGGAUUUCCACCUUCGUCACCCGCAGAACCGGUCACUGGGUUGGAGAUAUGUGCUAGAAACGACCGAAAGCUGGGUCAAGAAUGAGGAACAAUGGCCUGCAAAUCUCAAGAAGAAAGAGGAAGAAGAGCGGAAGAGAAAAGAAGAGGAGGAAAAGACGAAAAGCAAGAAAGACGAUAGUGCUCAGGAAGAGCACGAGUGGGGGCGCUCUUCCGAUAAAGGCAAACAUCACGAUGCCUACGCCAAAGAGGAGAAAGACAAGGCUGAUAAGGAUGAAGAGGCCAGGGAAGGCGAGGAACCGAAGCUGUUAGACAAGUACACCCCCCAGGAAAUAGCCCUUCUUCGGGCACUUGAGCACGAAAAGGAUUAUGUCAGUCAGCUCAAGGAAAACAACGGGAAGCAGAAAUCCCCCCAGACCAGCAACAUGACCCAGGUAUCGAUUGACGAGCAGGAUCAGUUCAGUCCGGACAACUGGCUGCCCCGUUCAUCAGAUCUCAUCCGCCUCACGGGAAAGCACCCUCUCAACGCAGAAUCUCCACUGAGUCGCUUGUACGAUGCCGGCCUCAUCACUCCAAACGAGCUUCACUACGUGCGGAACCACGGCGCUGUUCCUCGACUCCUCUGGGAGUUCCAUGAGCUGGAAGUUGAGUACAAUGGCAGCACCACCAAGUUUUCCAUGGACGACCUGAAAGAGUUUGACACCAUCAACAUCGCCGUGGCUAUCGCCUGUGAUGGCAACCGACGCAAAGAACUCAACAUGCUUAAGAAGAGCAAGGGAUUCAACUGGGGAGCUGGCAGUGCAAGCUGUGCAUUCUGGAAAGGCCCUUUGCUGAGAGAUGUUCUCUUGUCAGCUGGUGUCCCUGAGACGCCACCUAGUCUGGGUGAAAAGAGGUACUGGGUCAACUUCGAAGGAGCAGAUGACUUGAGUGGAGGGAAAUAUUCAACCUGCAUCCCUUUCGAACACGCCAUGAGCCUGAAUAACGACGUCAUCUUGGCCUAUGAGAUGAACGAUGUGCCUCUACCGCCUGACCAUGGAUACCCGGUCCGCGUCAUCAUUCCUGGCUAUGUCGGUGGGAGAAACGUCAAGUGGCUGAAAAAGGUCUGGAUCAGUGACAAGGAGAACGACUCGUACUAUCAUAUCUGGGAUAACCGAGUGCUACCGGCUUUUGUUACUGAAAAGGAUGGACCAUUUGCUGAGGCACUCUUCAAUCACCCGGACACUGCUUGUAACGAGCAGAACCUCAACUCGGUCAUAGUGAAGCCGGCUCAAGGAGAGAAGAUUCCUAUCACUAAGGCGAAGAAAGGGCAGAACUAUCGUAUCGAGGGCUAUGCAUACGAUGGCGGAGGUCAUGAAGUUCAACGCGUUGAGGUAUCACUGGAUGAUGGAGAGACGUGGCUCUACUGCAUUCGCAAGUUCCCAAAGUAUCCGAUCAGACAUGGCAACAAGUUCUGGACCUGGAUUCACUGGCAUGUCGACGUUGAGUUAUCGCACGUUAUUCGCGCAAAGAGCAUUACGGUGCGGUGCUUCAACGUGUUCAAGAACACCCAACCUAGGGAGCCCAACUGGAACGUGAUGGGCAUGAUGAACAAUUGCUGGUAUGUCGUGAGACCUGAGAUCGUCGAGGACGAUGACUCGGAAAUGCCAGCAAUCUUGUUUAGACACCCUGUCGAGCCAGCAACCAAAGACGGCGGUUGGAUGAAGCCCAGUGCGGAGAGCCAGAUCGCCGAGGCGAAGCAAGAGGCAGGGGCACCGCAGAAAGAGUUUACGCGUGAAGAGAUCGAGAAACACAACACUCAAGAUGAUUGCUGGAUUGUUGUCGACGGGAAAGUCUAUGAUGCGACCAGCGUGCUCGAGUGGCAUCCCGGAGGCGCAGCUGCAAUCGUUGGACACGCUGGCAAGGUUCACCAAGAAACAAGCGAAGAGUUUGCUAGCAUUCAUGACGGGUAUGCGUACAAGAAGUUGAAGGAGUGCGCCCUUGGCGUUGUCACCAAAAAGACCGCCAACUUCAUUAAACAGAAUGCAGAAGCUGCAGCAAAGGACGCUGCAGCAUCUAGUAACAAGGAUCGACACUUGGCGUUGGAGAAGCAUCGAUGGAUCCCUGUCAAGCUGGUCGACCGCCACAAGAUCUCCGAGGACACAAGGACAUACACCUUCCAGCUCCCAGAAGGCAAGAAUAUCCUCGGACUCGGAACUUGUCAGCAUGUUCAGGUUGGCUUCCACAUGCUCGACCGGAUGCUCAUACGCUCGUAUACCCCGACGAAACCACUUCUUCCGCCGCAGGAGAGGAGUCAGCCAGCAAAGGAGGGGACAAACGAAAAGCUGAUUAACGAAGAUGCCAAAUCCUUGCGUGAUGGUGACGGCAAGUUUGAGCUCACAGUCAAAACGUACUUUCCAGAUGAAAACCAACCUGGCGGUGCUCUCUCAAACAUUCUGGACUGCAUGCCCAUCGGAGAGGAGGUUGAACUGCGAGGACCAACCGGAGAGAUUGUGUACAACGGAAAUGGUAACUUUGUCAUCGAGAACAAGGAAUGCCACUUUGACCGAGUUUCGCUGGUUCUCGGCGGCUCGGGCAUCACACCAGGAUACUCGCUCAUCGCUCGAAUACUCCUCACCGCCGGCGACAAGACUCAGAUCCGAGUGGUUGACGCCAACAAAAGUGAAGCCGACAUCUUGCUACGGGACGAGCUGGGGGAGUUUGAGACCAAGUCCGACGGGCAGUUGAAAGUCACACACGUCCUCAGCCAUGCGGGUGAUGACUGGAAAGGCAAGACUGGUCUUGUCAACGAGGACAUUAUCAAGGAGAGCCUGUUUGAACCGUCCGAGAGUAACGCGGUAUUCCUUUGUGGACCACCUGCUAUGAUUCAAAAGGCUGCACUGCCGGCUUUGAAAGACUGGGGAUAUGUGGAGGACGAGAACAUGUUUGGGUUUUGA